AUGAGUAAGGAGUGCAUUUCUGCAUUAUGCUAUGCUAAUGGGAUGCACUGCUUAAAGUUAGCUGUUGUUGGCAAGUCUAUGCACCCACGAGUGCUAAAGGAGUGUAUGCGCCAGUUGCCAGUUAUCUACUAUCACUCCAAGAAUACACGGUUUAAUUGUGAGAUCUUCGAUGACUGGCUUUUAAAGCACUUCAUCCCUGAUGUACGCAAAUACCAAGAAGAGGUUAUGAAGCUGGAUUCUGAAGACAUCAAAGCAAUUCUGCAGAUUCAUAAUGUGCCAGCUCACCCUAGUGCUGAGAAACUGAUCAGCAGUAAUGGUAAAAUUCAUGCCCUGUUUCUGCCGCCCAACACUACGUCCAUUAUUCAGCCUAUGGACCAGGGAGUUAUUGUGUCAUGCAAGAGGUUGUACCAAAGGGGGUACCUGGAUGAAGUGCUGGUAGUGCUGGAGGACGAAGAUGAUGAUGUGAAUAACACAAGAGGGAUAUGUACAUUAGCCAACAUCAAGAAAUACAAUUUGAAAUCAGCCAUAUUCAACUUUGCUGCUGCAUGGAAGGACGUCAAGAUAUCCACCUUAGAUAACAGCUGGAAGAAACUUCUGCUUGAUACUGAACCUGAACUAGACUUUGAGGGAUUUGAGGUAACAAAUUUUCAUUGUGUGUUACAUCACGGCAGAGAAAAUAAUAAAACCAUGGAGGAUGUGGAGACGUGGUUGGAGGAGAAUGAGGGUGAUCCAGGUUACCAGUUGCUUUUGGCUGAGGAGAUUGCCGAUGUUGUCUGCGCUGUUGACAAAGAGGACGACGAUGCGAAGAGCAGUGAAGGAGAGGAGUCGUGUGUGUGA